AUGAAUGAGCUACCGUUGUUUAUCUCCGUGAAAGCCAAGUUUGGCAAUGGAUUUGCUUUGGCAACGCCAGUCAAGCAGGAUGUAGCGAUCAGUGUCGAUAUCCAGACCACUUCUACAACACUGGCUUCUUCCAAAGACCUCGAGCUCGUUGCGACAGUCACUAAUAAUGGGGCGGAAACUGUGAAGGUACUGAAAUAUGGUACGAUCCUCGAUGGCCAACUCCCGACCAGGUCCUUCAUUGUAACAAAAGAUGGCAAUGAGGUUCCUUUCAUCGGAAUCAAGUUAUCGAUUGCCUUAAAUCAAAUUGACGACAGUGCAUUCGCUACUCUUGUUCCAGGCAAAAAUGUGACAGUCUCUCACAAAGUCGGCGCUCUUUACGAUUUUGUCGGUGCUGGUGCUGGCAAAUAUACAUUUACUCCUGUCACCAAAUUCCUCUUCGACAAUUCAGCGGACAAGGAAACGUUUUCGACCGCUUCCCGCUACCUCAAAGCACAGGUCACCUCAGUUAACUCUGUCGAUGUCGAGCUUCAAGGCGAAAUGGCGCGCGAGAUCAUGGCCCUAAACACCCGUGCUGUGGAUAUCUGCACCACCGAGCCCGACAAGUCUUUCAUCAACUCCAGCUACAUCGAGGCUAAGGCUCUGGCCAGCAUGGCAUCAGCGUACGUGAAUAGUACAGGCGCCAACGAUACCCUCUACACGUCCUAUUUUGGAGCCACACCUGUUACCGAAGUCGUUACUACCUUGGAUGCUGUCGCGGCUGAGGACUCUACCAAUCGAACCCUGAGCUGUGUCGAUACCUAUGAUGCGUGCACGACGAGCGGUCUGGUCGCUUAUACGGUCAUUGCUACCACUGAUAUAUACCUCUGCCCCAUUUUCUUCGAUCAAGUGCCCUCCAACGAUCUAUGUACCGGCCAAACUAAUGUCACUGCACGCAAUGCAAUUAAUACCGCUUUCAAGUUGACACACGCUGUGGGAAACACAGUAGACAUUGCAUAUGGAUGUGAUGCCGAUCAGGAACUGACAGACCAAGACAAGGUCCUCAACGCUGACAACUUUAAUUGCUUCGUUACCUCCAUUUUUGCAGACACUGAAUGCUAA